AUGGUCCUUGGUGCGGAAGAUUGUACUGACGUCCAGUGUGACGCCCCGCUGCCGGAAGCACGCGUCGCCGACGGCGUCAUCGAAGGCCGCCUUACGGUGCUCGCCGUAAUUAUGCCACUCACAUAUGAACUGGUAGUAAAAGGCGAAGAGUUCGUCUGGCGUCCGCGGCGGGCGGGUGAGGAGGCAAUUCAGGAAGUCGCACAGCCUGGUGAGGGGCGACGAUGCGCCGCCGCAGAAGGCGCCGAGAACGUCCAUGAUGUGUCGGCCUGUGGAGGCACGGGAGGCCAGCCUGGUAAUGUUGGAGAGGCCCAUGGGCGUCUUGCACGGCAGGCCGGGUGA